GCUCGUCCGUGCCCGCUGCCGGGGCCGUGCUCGUUAAGCACGCGGGACCUCGUGGUCUGCGGUUCUCGGGGCGCGAUCAUUUGUGCAGCCAUCACUUUCUUCACCGAGUCCAAGUGCCACGGUAGAGCCUGCUUCCUCAGGUCCCCUCGGUGGCGCAAGAAUCCCCGCACCUAGACGGAGGCGUGGCCACCAGAAGCCCCGCCCCGUCUGUGACGUCCUGGUGGCGCGCGAGCUGUCUGUGGGCGUGUGAAGGGCCCGGGCCAGACUAAGCCAUCAGGCCGGGGCCGCCUCCCGACUUCUAUCUGCCGGCUUCUCCUGCUCCAUCUUUUCCGAGAAGCGGUGUGCGACCUCGGCCCCCAGCCUACCGGGCGGAUCGAAGCGACGGUCGGGAUGGUACUUCUGGGCUUGCUGCAGUCAGGCGGCUGGGUGCUCGGACAGGCGAUGGAGCAGGUGACAGGAGGCAACUUGCUUUCCACGCUGCUCAUCGCCUGCGCCUUCACUCUCAGCCUCGUCUACCUGUUCCGUCUCGCCGUGGGCCACAUGGUCCAGCUGCCCGCUGGAGCGAAAAGUCCACCACAUAUUUACUCUCCAAUUCCAUUCCUUGGCCAUGCAAUAGCAUUUGGGAAAAGUCCAAUUGAGUUUCUGGAAAAUGCAUAUGAGAAGUAUGGACCUGUGUUUAGCUUUACCAUGGUGGGCAAGACCUUCACUUACCUUCUGGGGAGUGAUGCAGCUGCGCUGCUCUUCAAUAGUAAAAACGAAGACCUGAAUGCAGAAGAAGUCUACGGUCGGCUGACAACACCUGUGUUUGGGAAGGGAGUUGCAUAUGAUGUGCCAAAUGCAAUUUUCUUGGAACAGAAGAAAAUCAUAAAAAGUGGCCUUAACAUAGCCCACUUUAAGCAGUAUGUUCCUAUCAUUGAAAAAGAAGCAAAGGAAUACUUUCAAAGUUGGGGAGAAAGCGGAGAAAGAAAUGUGUUUGAAGCACUGUCUGAGCUCAUAAUUUUGACAGCUAGCCAUUGUUUACAUGGAAAGGAAAUUAGAAGUCAACUCAACGAGAAGGUGGCUCAGCUGUACGCAGACCUGGAUGGAGGUUUUACCCACGCUGCCUGGCUAUUGCCAGCUUGGCUGCCUCUGCCAAGUUUCAGGCGCAGGGAUAGAGCCCAUCGAGAGAUCAAGAAUAUUUUCUAUAAGGCCAUCCAGAAGCGCAGGCUGUCAAAAGAACCAGCUGAGGACAUUCUUCAAACUUUACUAGAUUCUACAUACAAGGACGGGCGUCCUCUAACAGAUGAGGAGAUAUCAGGGAUGCUCAUCGGACUGCUGCUGGCUGGACAGCACACAUCCUCCACCACCAGUGCCUGGAUGGGCUUCUUUCUGGCCAAAGAUAAACCACUUCAAGAAAAAUGCUACUUAGAACAGAAAGCAGUGUGUGGCGAGGAUCUGCCUCCUUUAACUUACGACCAGUUGAAGGAUCUGAAUUUACUUGAUAGAUGCAUAAAAGAAACACUAAGACUGAGGCCUCCAAUAAUGACCAUGAUGAGAAUGGCCAAGACCCCUCAGACGGUGGCAGGGUACACCAUUCCUCCAGGACAUCAGGUGUGUGUCUCUCCUACUGUCAAUCAAAGACUGAAAGACUCCUGGGCAGAGCGCUUGGACUUUAAUCCUGACCGCUACUUACAGGAUAACCCAGCAUCAGGAGAGAAGUUUGCCUAUGUGCCAUUUGGAGCUGGGCGUCAUCGUUGUGUUGGAGAAAAUUUUGCCUAUGUUCAAAUUAAGACAAUUUGGUCGACUAUGCUUCGUUUAUAUGAAUUUGACCUCAUCAAUGGAUAUUUUCCCACUGUGAAUUAUACAACAAUGAUCCACACCCCAGAAAACCCAGUAAUCCGUUACAAACGACGAUCAAAAUGAGAAGAGGAACAAGAAGCCAGUGUGGAGAGAGGACCGCAAGCCGCAGCUGGCAAAGAAUGAAGCCUCUGAGAAGCUCUCGUGCUGUACUGGGUUGAAGAGUGUGGUUCUGAGAGCCAGUUUAUGAUUUUAAUGUUUUAUUAACUCGGUGAUUUUUGUCAGACCGAAUGGCAUUUGAAACAGUUUAUAGUAGUUUUGAUAGGAUUUCAGGGAAGCCAAGUUUAUGUUAGAAAUCAUUUGGGGGGGUGUGUCUUGGAAUUAAGAAGAUAUAGAAUGCAGCAUCCAGGUAAUUAACUCCACACAUUGCCACAGGGAGAUUUGGAACUGGUGUUUGAAGUUUCAAAGCCUUGUCAAAUGCUACAAAGGUAAUGGGGUCGUGUAGUUGGGCCACUUCUGUGCGUAAAGAUAUGAAAGGAUAAAGGUUAAGUUUACUGCGAAGCUUGAGGUGGAAGUAAACGCUACUUAGAUGGUGUGGUGUGUCCUUUGAAAUGUUAACUGGAGCACCGCUCCUGGAAGAUGGCAGCGAUCUUGAACCUUGCCUUGAUAACCUUAAUUCCUAAAAGUAAUAAAAUCUAAAGAGUGCUUAUGUAUGUUACUGGUCCCAAAUGGUCACAGUUUUGUGAAAAAUCCAAAAUCAAAUCCUUGUAAGACUUUUUUAUUUUAAUUUGGCUUAAGGUUUUUUGUUGUUGUUGGGAAGUUUAAAUUUACCAGGCUUUUAAAAGUGUCUGAUUUUGAGAUUAGUGAGUUCUGGCCUUGAGACUGGGGAAUGGGAGAUGGUAUCAUUGCCCGUAUUCUGUGCUCAGGAGACAACCUAACAGAUUGUAACCACGGACCCAACUCUGUGACAUGCCCUUAAUCUGUGUUAGGAGUAAGAAUAGCUCUGUUGCUGGAGUGGUGCUGCACACCUGUAAUGCUGUUAUUCAGGACCUGCGGCAGGAUUGAGAAUUUGAGGCCAACCUAGGCUACGGAGCAAGACUAACACACUCCCCAAAAUAAAACCUCUUUUCUCUAAAAGUAUGUGUACUGGCUGGUCUUAGGCACUUGACACAAGCUAGGGUCAUCAGAGAGAAAAGGAAGCCUCAGUUGAGGAAAUGCCUCCAUGAGAUCCAGCUGUAAGGCAUUUUCUUAAUAAGUGAUCAAUGGGAGAGGCUCCAGCCCACUGUGGUGGUUCCAUCCCUACGCUAGUGAUCCUAUGAAAGGCUGACCGUGACAUGAGGAGCAAAACAGUAAGCAGCACUCAUUUAUGGCCUCUGCAUCAGCUCCUGCCUCCAGGUUCCUGACCUGCUUGAGUUCCUGUCCUCACUUGAUGAUAAACAGUGAUAUGGAAGUGUAAGCCAAAUAACCCACCUUCACCCUCGGGAUUUGCUUUUUGGUCAUGGUGUUUCCUUGUAGCAAGAGGAACUGAAACUCCGUUACAGUUUUAAGAGGCUUUUGAAGACUCCCAGUGAAGGCCUAAAUCUCUGCUGUUAAAGGCUCCACAUUAAAAUUCUCUGAGAAAGUUUUACUGGUUUGUAUUCAUGAAUUUGAACUUGUGCUUCAGUAAGUACAGUUCAUGAAAUCUGGGCAUAUGGAAGCUUACAUCCUAUUUGCCUGAAAUAGGUUCCUUUUAGUAUUAUCUUUGGUUAUUUAGGUAAGUCACUCUUGUUAUCAAUGCCCCAUGAGAAAUCAGGUAUUUUCAUAACAAGUUACAAAAGUUGCUCACCUCUCAAAAGUGUGCUUGUCUCUUACUGAGUGGUUGUUAGACUUUUAGGUCAUAGAUGUUACAUUUGACGUGUUAGGUUAAAACCUUGAUUAAAGUUUGAAGACUGUUUGUUUCUAAGUAACAGAUUUUCUUUGCCAGUGUAGAUGUUUUGUGUUUAUUAUUCCUAGAGGGGUUCUAGACUUUGAUCAAGUCCCUCCUUUUACUGUGUGGUUGUUAAGACUUUUAAGUCAUAGACGUGUUAGGUUAAAACCUUGAUUAAAGUUUGAUGAUUGUUUCUAAGUAACAGAUUUUCUUUGCCAAUGUAGAUGUUUUGUCUUUAUUAUUCCUAGAGGGGUUCUAGACUUUGAUCAGAUUGGUAGAUUCCUGGCAGAGUUGUGACUUGAGUAAGGCUGUCCUGUUUACUGUCUAGUUUUAGACUUUGACAUAUUUUCAGUGCUGAGAUUUAAAAGGGCUCAAGCACUAGAAUUCCAGAUUGAGAUACUGACCACAGACGAGCUAUUAAGUUAUUGUGAACAACACAGCAGAGGCUGAGGGCCAUAGGGUGUUAGUAGGGUAGACUAGCAGUAGGGUAGAUUGGCUGGCAAGCACCUGUCCAUCUGCCUUUUCCCGACUGAACUGUCUUGACUUGGCAACUGUAUUAGUUUUUUAAAGAGUUUAAUGCACAACUUUCCUGCUCAACUAGUUGCUUUAGAAUAGUUUUGAUAUUUUUAGAAAGCCUAGUUGAAAUUUGGGAAAUAAAAUUAGAAAUUCCC